AUGGAGGAAGUCAAGCUCCCCGUGUUUUCAACUAUAAAAUUGUCAAUUCCCAUUCCUCAUUGUCUUCUUAUAACUCUAAAUCGGCCCGAGAGUCGCAAUGCUUUUGACGGAAUCACGCAUUGGGCCCUCAACUCCAUUUUGAAUUAUUAUGAACGAACCGAUUACUUUCGUGUCGCCGUGCUUACUGGCAGUGGAGAUGUGUUUUGUGCAGGUCAAGAUCUAAAGUUUGCAUCAAGGAUUGCUGAAAUCGCUCAAACUGAACCUUACAAGUCUAUUCCUGCUUUGCUCAAACCAACCCCAAAUGGAUGGGGAGGAUUAUCUCGUAGACCUACACUCGUCAAGCCCUUGAUCUCAGCAGUCAAUGGUGCUGCACUAGGCGGCGGUUGCGAGCUCGCCCUCUCGUCAGAUAUUGUUGUGAUAUCAGACACCGCUAUAAUUGGUUUACCAGAAGUAAAAGUGGGUCUAUACGCUCCGUGGAGCGGAACGCAUUUCUUGCCGAGAACGGUUGGAUUACAAAGAUCAAAACAAAUGAUUAUGACUGGAGAUCCAAUCUCUGCUCAUACUGCCAAGUUGUGGGGGCUCGCAAAUCGUGUAGUGCCACGGGAACAAGUACUGCCAGAGGCCUUAAAGAUUGCUGCUAAGAUAUUAGAGGUUUCACCUGAUGCUACUCGUGCUGUUAAGAGCAUGGCGAUUAGGUCAAUGACAACCGCUUCAUGGAUGGACGCGUCUAGAGAGGGCGAGACAUCACGAGAGAAUGAUGCAAUGUAUGCAGGGGAGAAUCGAGCUGAAGGUGUCAAGUCGUUUGUCGAGAAACGCAAACCAUCUUGGAAGGGUUAUUCUAAAUUGUAG